AAGUGAAGGCAAUACAAAAGGAAAGGAAGAUAAAAGUCCGUUCAUAUCAGGAAUUAUUUUUAAAAACGAAACGUUUUUCGCGCAAACUUGCUGAGAGUUGUCCUGCGCGCGGACUGAGCUCGAGGUGGGAGCAAAGCGAGAAAAAAAAAAAAGAUCUCCGGGAUGGUGGACUCCCGCUUUCCUCCUCGCGCUGGCGGCCCGGGAAUCACGCGCCAUUGAAAGAGAAAGAGAGAGAGAGAGAGAGAGAGAGGGGGGGGGGGGGGGAUAUAUUGUGCAUGCGCUUUGGCUUCACUUGCGUGCAUGCACGGGGUCGGUCGGUCGAUGCGAGCACACUUGGCGUGGCUCUCGGCCUCCAUUUGCCAGUUUGUGUUCACGUUCGAGGGAUUCACUCGAGGCCCCCGUUUAAACGGCGACGACGACGACGCGCAACAGUUGUGGAGUUUUUUUUACCGUAAACGUUGACGUGACGUCGCGGGCCACGAGGCUUUCUAUAACCUCGACGACGGAAAGGUGAGGCGUUAGUGAAACCUGCAACUUUUCCAACUUGGUAUCAAAUGAAGCGGGACAGCCGUUGGUGAUGCCGGACACCGACUCUGAGCCCACAUCGAUGGAGGACCCCCAUGCGUUGGAGGAUGAGGAGGGGAGCUCCACUAACAUCCCCUCCCCAGCUCCUCCCACGACCGUCCCGUCCUUGACUACUCUCGAGCCGACCACCUCGAAAGCCGUCUCCGUGGCAAGUAACGACUGCAGCUCGGCUCUCUCUUCGUCCGCUGAAGCUGAAGCUAGCCCAGCCAAGCCAGCCGCAACACCGCCCAUUCCAACCACCACGAGACCCGAUCCUUUCCCGAGCGAGACAACGAUUGAGACGAAAGCCGUCUCCGUGGCAAGUAACGACUGCAGCUCGGCUCUUUCUUCGCCCGCUGAAGCUAGCCCAGCCAAGCCGGCCGCAACACCGCCCAUUCCGACCACCACGAGACCCGAUCCUUUCCCGAUCGAGACAACAAUUGAGACGAAAGCCGUCUCCGUGGCAAGUAACGACUGCAGCUCGGCUCUCUCUUCGCCCGCUGAAGCUAGCCCUGCCAAGCCGGCCGCAACACCGCCCGUUGAAACGAGCCCAGCUACCUCACGUAUAGCAUCGGCGUCAGACUCCCUAACAGACACGGGGUUGAGCCUCGUCAGCAUAUCAGAACCACCACCGCCAUCGUCCCCUGUGUUGCCAUCUACCACAUAUGGCAAACCGGGCGUGGUGAAUAACUUUCCCGCGGUGCUGAUCUUCAAAGGUGUGAGUGUCACUCUGGAGAACAACAGCGUGUGGAAGCAGUUCUACGGCUGUGGAACGGAGAUGAUUCUCACGAAACCGGGGCGCCGCAUGUUCCCGUACUGCCGAUAUCGCCUGUCUGGUCUGGAUCCAAACCGGCAGUACAGUUUGGUCCUCUCCAUUGUUCCAUCGGACCCGUACAGGUACCGCUGGAGCUCAACCAAAUGGGAGAUCACCGGACCAGCGGAGCACCAGGGCCAGGGUCUGAUCCGGGCGUUUUCCCACCAUUACUCACCCGGCCUGGGCUCGGAGUGGAUGGGCACCUUGGUGUCGUUCUACAAACUCAAACUGACCAAUCAUCCUCAAGACCUCGACGGUCAUAUAAUCCUAAACUCCAUGCAUCGAUACAUUCCUCGGCUACAUGUGAUACCCGUCCCGGACGGGGACAUAGCCACGCCAGCCCAGCCGGUGGUUGUGGGACCAGAGAGCAUGACUUUCACUUUUCCGCAAACAGAGUUCAUGGCCGUGACGACUUAUCAGAACUUUCGGAUCACCCAGCUGAAAAUUAAUCACAAUCCGUUCGCGAAAGGCUUCCGGGAGGACGGGAACAACACCCGGCUGAUCCGGGUCGCUACUGAGGCUCCACCUGUGCUGCUGACGGACACUCGGCCUCCUGUUUCAACACCUGCUGAACCCAACGAGAAGAAGGAGGAGGAGGAGGAGGUUGUGGAUCUGAGCACAAAGACUCCCGCCGUCUCUGCUUCUCUCUCAAAUGAGCAAAGGACCCGACUGGUCCUGAAGCCCAUCAUGUCUACUACCUCCUCCACCAAGGACGACCCGUACGUCCACUGUCUAAGAGGCAAGCAAGCCCUCGGUGAGCUCGUGCUUGUCCAAAAUCACCGUCCGCUUGUCGAGCCCAAAGAAGAACCUCAGGCUGCCGUAGCCAUCGCUCCCGCUACCUCCACACCGACCCCGGGAUCGUCACCCGGGUACCACAAGAGGAGGAAGAGGAUCAACAGACAUUGGUCCAAUUCGCGGGGAAGAGACUGGAAAGCUGCAGCUGCUGCUGCCCCCCCCACGGUAUUCCACAGCCCAUCAUUGACUGUCGCUAUGCAACCAGAGCUGGAUGAUGUAGAGGGCCUGCUGUUUGUGUCGUUUACCUCGAAGGAAGCUCUUGAGGUUCACGUCGGGGACAAGCCAGCCAAUAGCACACCAGCAGCAUCCCCAAUAUCCCCAUUGACACCGGUGCAGUGGAAGGAAAAAGCGGACAUGAUUCCAGAGACUGAUGAGGAGAAGAUUGCCCGCUUGGAGGCCACCCUGCUGCAGGACCUCCAGGUUCUCAAACACAGACAAGUCAUCCAUCCUGUGCUGCAGGAGGUGGGCAUGAAGUUGAGCUCCUUGGACCCGAUGAAGUCCAUCGACCUGCAGUAUCUCAGGGUUCAUCUGCCACUUCCUCCCCCAAACCUGCCAGAAGAAAGCAAGGCCGGGGCUCUGUCUCCUGCUGAUAAAGAGUUCACGUCCUUCAUGUCACGGACAGGAAAGACAAGUGAUAUGACAAAAAUAAAGGGAUGGAGAAACAAGUUCAUAAGAAACAAAGAAACGUCUCCUUCUAACUGUGACGUGGAUGGAUUAAAGGGUCUUCGUCCGUCCUCUCCUAAAGGAUCACAGAAGAACCUUUCUGCGUUCUGCAGCAACAUGUUGGACGAGUACUUGGAGAGCGAAGCUCAGUACAUCAGUGAGCGAGCCGCGGCCUUCUCCACAAACUGUGAGGACUCUGUGGCCUAUCGGCUGCCUGUCAAAAGCUCCAGCUACGUAAAGACCCUGGACAGCGUACUCAAGCAUCGAAAAGCUGCUUCCAAAUUCCCCCUGGGGGCCAACAGACCCUGCCCGCUGUCCCACAAACCCCUCCUGUACUCUGCCCUGGCGUCGCCGGCUCUUCCUCUGGCCAGCCCCAAGACCCCUGUUCAGGCUGGAGUCCGGUCCACACACCCGCCUGCGUCCUCGCAGCCGCCUGGGUCUUCACACACUCGGCCAGCAGCACAGAGAUCGUCCUGCCUCUUCAGAUUAUCCGCGUACCUGCCAGGACUCGGCCAGAGGCCCGCGGUGAGCUUUGGGCAGAGCCCGGCGAUGACACACAGACCUUCAGGCCUCACUAAGUUCCAGCGCAGACUGAUGCAGAUGGAGCACGGAGCCGUGAACCAGGGUCUGAGCAGGACUCAUCUCACUACAGAACGACUGUCGGUGGCUCUGGCUGGUUUGCUGACUAAACAGAUGCUGCCCAGUCAGGUCUGGAAAGUAACCAAGUAUCCAACGUAUAAACCGACGGGACCUGAAUGCGGUCAGGAGUUCUGCACGCUGGGCUGCGUGUGUUCGAGUCUCCAGCAUCUGAACAGAGCUCCCUUCCACUGCCGGCGGCCUGAAUGCAUGUUCGGCUGCGCCUGCUUCAAACGCAAGAUCAUCAAGCAGUUGAGCGCGGGGGAGAAAGAAGAGCUGAUCCAACCUGUUUACUCUAUGACUAAUAUGGAACAUAUGGUCCAGCCUCGCCCGGGCUCUCAUGCUAAUAGACUGUGGAACCGCAGCACUCACGAAGUGGAUCCUGAACCACUCUUCAUCCCCAAAACUGUUCCACCGUGUCUGGCUCCUGGAAAGAAACGCACCAGUGGAGCUCGACUAACACAACCGAUUCGAGAAGAGGAUAAGGAUCCGGUGUAUAAAUACUUGGAGAGCAUGAUGACGUGUGCGCGCGUAAGGGAGUUCAACAGCAAGCCUCCCCCUGAACUCAGCAUUGAGCCCAAGAUCCUUGAUGUUUCUGCACUAAUCACAACAGCAAAACAACAGAAAACGACCACUGAUGACCUGCCCAAAAAGCCCCACAGUGCUCGACUGGUUACAAAAGCAGGAAGGGUCUCUGAGGGAAUCGCAGCCGGUGAAAAAGAAGCGAAAAAGCAAAUCGAGAUCCAGUCGGCGUGUAAGUGGGUAAAGGACCGCAAAAUGGUCCUGGAAGCUUUAUGUCAGCGCAUGAAUCAGAAUAGACUGUCUCGACGCUUCUGGGUAGGACCGUACCGCAUCCACCCGGUCGCCAAGAUCUUCAUGAAGAAGCCCAGCGGCUCCUUUGUCACCUACAGGUUACGUAUCAGUAAACCGUCAAAAGCCAGUGACACUGAGGAAGAUGAAUUCGAUGACAGCGAUGAGGAAAAGCAGCCCGAUAAAAGCUUCGACGGGGACAUGGAUGCAGAAGAGGACGAUUGCCCAAAUGGAGAGUCAGAUGUGCGGUUUGGAGUCACACCAUUUCUGAGUGGAGUGUUACCUGCUGGCAGACUGAAGGCCAGGACCAAACCCGUUGGCUGCCAAGCUUAUGGACUAAUACAGGUAAAUGGUAAAUCCUACAAUCAGGCCAGGCUGUUGCUGGGGAACAUGGGAUCUCUACAUCCAGCCAACCGCCUCGCAGCAUUCAUCACAGGCCGACUGCAUCCUCCCGGCGGCAUUUCUCUUAAAGUCUCUCGGAAAUCCGACCCUACUAACAAAAUCCCCACUCCUGAUGCUCCGCACAUAAAGGCUGCUGGCACAGUGGUCCCUCCAGUUCCAACUGCAAGGAAAACCGCUGAUCUGAAGCCACCGACACAGCCCCCGGUUCAGAUAUUCCUGCCAGACGUUUGGAUGAAGGGAUCCAUCGACGACUCCACCGUCGACCCUUUUGCCUCGGGCAUACGCAGCUCGGUCAGGCCCUUCCAGAACAGCUCCACGUCCUCGCCCGUCUCUCUCACCGUAUCCCCGGCUCUGAAAACCCCCAGCUUCUUAGGACAGAGCGGCACCUACUCAUUCAGGAUCUGCCCUCCGGCUAACCAGGGCACCAGAGACCAGAAUUUGCCAGGCAUUACCCUGCCCGGGGGCUUCACCCUCAUUGAGCUCCCAAAGCAUGGAGCCGAUGGAGCCGCCUCAGAAGCUGUGAACACUACAAACAUGCCUGCUGUGGAUAAAGCCCAGCCACAAAAAGAUGCCGUGGUUAAUUUUGGCCACUCGGCAGCUGAUUCAGAUGCAAAGUGCCUUGGAUUGAAGACUUGUGCUGCAGCUAAGGACCUACCCAGCAGCACAUCAGUGCAGCCUGGACCCUCCCCUGAGCUGCUGUGUGAUGUGAAGAUACCAUCACAAGAGAAUGAUGAAACCAACAGCAGGCAGGUGGAAUCAAAUCCGGACAUCGCUUCAGAGGACUUGAGCUCCGACUCCGACUCCGACUCCUCAGACUACUGUGGAGAGGUUGACGAAGAUGUAAAUGAUGAGGUGGUGGACAUCGAGACCGUAGAAGAAGUAAGACAAGGAGUGGCCAUCGCUCAAAUGAAAGAAGUUGUCCCCACGGCACUAAAGGAGCCUGGAGAUUCCAGCGACGGUUUGGGAUCAACAAAGGAACUCAACGUCCAGGAUAAAACAGAGGAUUGUAAGGAUAAUAGGAGGCGGAAGAACCACACGGUGCUAGAAAGGCAAAGACGCUGUGAACAGCGGACCCUCUUUGACAAACUCCAGGCUGUCCUGACGAAAGACGCCCGGGCCCCCCGGCUCCACGUCCUCUCAAUGGCCCUGGACGAAAUCCAAAAGCUGGUUGCGACGUCCAGGUGUCUGGAGGAGAAGAAGAGGAGGCUGACUCGGAUGCAGUCCCUCUAUGUGAAGGAGCUUUCCCUUUUGUCUGGAAAGUCGAACAUGCUGAUUAAAAACAAGCUGAAGGAGAUCUGCGAGAGGCAGAAAGUGAAAGAAAAGACUCAAUGGAAGCCUUUCUUCUCCAAUCUGCUCCAGUCCAGAGCCGCUCUCCUACAGUCCACUGCUCCUCCAUCUCAGCUGCCGCCCAGACCCCUGUUAAUGCCGGACUUCUUCAGGGCUCCAUCUCAGGCUAAACCAACCACGAAUGCAGCCCAAAAGCAGCUGAUGUCCCUGCUUCAGUCCAACCUAAAAAGGGCUCUUACCCAGUCCAGUACACAGCCACCCAAGCCCCCAUCAGCGUCCUCUGCAGCCCGGGUCGAGGUCCCUGCGCCCCCACCACAAGGCGGUCAACAUCAGAAGAAGUCCGAGGAGCAACAGGAGAAACCCGGCGCCCCGGCACAGGUCAGUGUGCCCAUCCCCCAACCGGAGUGCUCUGCCGCGGCUACACCUCUGGUCACUGCCGCCCAGGACGGAGCCUCGUCUUCAUCCACAACACCCACUUCCAGCACGCCGCCCGUUAAACCCGCGCCGUCCUUUUCUCUUCCUCUGAUUCGGGCCAAAAACGGCAGAAUCAUACUUCCCUCAUCUCUGAAACCACUUGGUCAUGGCUUCUAUACACUCACGGUUAUGGAACCCAGGCAGACAGGACAGGAGGAUGAAGUUAGCUCUCCAGCUAAUAAGAAACCUUUUGAUGUGGAAUCAUUGGUGAAAGGAGACAUGGGCAGUUCUGAACUUGACCGCCUUGUAGAUGUAGGAAGCAAUCAUAUUUUGGAGAAAGAGAAAACUGUACCAGCGUCACAGUCCAACCCAAAGCGUUCAGGUGUAGCGACCCCCGUGGCUGAGCUUGCCCUCCUUAACAAAUCAAUCCUCAUGCCUUCGGUGGCUCUGCAAGCUGCGAAGAGCGGCGAGGAGGGGGGCACAGCGGUGGGUUUGAACAAAACUCCGUCAACUGCCUGCUUGAGUUUUAAUCGUGUGAAACACGUUCCUGCUUCUGCCAAGCCUGCUCCCAGACCCCCUGUAGUCAGCCGCUGCAGAGGCAGGCCCCGAAAGCCCCCCGUCACCCCUGUUGGUACGAGUACAAAACAUACGGGGGUAAAAGACAGCAGUAAAAGGGAAACCUCUCUUCUGGUCGAAGAGAGACAAAACGAAAAACUGACUUCGAAGGUGACCAAGACACGAGCUGGGGGCUCCCCAGGAACGGCCGGUGACAGCCCCGUGCCAGUGAAACGAGGCAAAGGAAGGCCCCCGAAGAAGAAGACUGCACCGCUGUGGAGUCCUCCGGUUGCGCAAGCAGGAAGUAUUCCAUCCAACUCCACGGAGGACAGCCCCGUCCGACUUUCUCGCAGUUCUAAAAGCCCCGAUUCCAAACCCAAGGAAGGUCCCGCAAAGACCCCGUCGCUUAGAAAUGUCAACGCAUCUCGGCCACUAACCCGAGGCGCUUUAGGAAAGGACUUCCCCAGUGCAAAGAAGCGCUCCUGGAUAGAUGUAGAAAAGGAACUGGAACCAGAGCUUGAAUCUGAGGCCGAAUCUGAGUCUGAAUAGUCAUCAUAUCUUCCUGUAGCUGCAGAACGCACACACACACACACACACACAGUAGUCAGACCUCCGUUCGUCUCAGAGCUGCUCCUUUCUGUACGUGUUGGCACAAAACUCAGUGGACCUUUUUUCAUACUAGAGAGAGGAGUUUUUGGGUAUAAAGACUAUAAGAGAAAGCAUUAAUUGACCUGCUGAAUGUAUGAACGAUGAUAAUAAACUCCCACAUUCAGCUUUGAUAUGUUUUCUAAGAUACAUUUGUCACCUACUUAAUUGUUCACUUUUCGCCAGAAAUGGCAAAUAGAGAUUUAUUCAAAUCAUGAUUUUUGUUGAAGUCCUUUGUUACUGAUCUUUCCUAUGCAAAUAGAAAUAUCACUACAGGUUACAGUUCCAAUACUGCUUCAUUAACUCAUGUUAACCUAUGUCGUUUCUUACCGAGAGCUAGUUUGAUGCCUGUAUCCCUUUUUGAAAGUUUUCCGUUAUUAACUCAGUGGAAAUCAUAUGUAGUAGCACUUUAUGUUUGUUGGUAGAAAGCACCCAUGAUCUCGUUGCUGUAGUGUGUGUAUAGUAUUGGUCUGUGUUCUGGGGAGUGAGCUCAGUAACAUGCACAUAAACCUGAUGUGUCAGAAGCAAUCAAGAAAUAAAGCUAUUAGCCAUAUAUUGUAUCUAUGAAAAUAACCUUCUGUAAAUAUUGUAUUCUUUUUUUUUUUUUUUUAAUCGCAAUAUACAUUUACUUUGUGGAUGAUUUUGAAACACUGGUUGUUACUUCUGUUCAAUUGAAAAUGUGAAAAAUAAUGUGGCCUUUAAAAUCAAUAAA